UUGCCAGCCGCUUGGGAAGAGGAUGUCCGUGCUAAUUUGGCUAAACAUAAACAGAAAGUUGCUAUAUUGAGGGAAGAAUUGGAGAAGGAAGAAUUUUAUGUAGAGUAUUUGGAAACUUUAUUGUCAGAUGUGGAAAAACACAAAGCAGCUGCUGAAGGUAACAAGGCGGCGCCGCCCUCUGGUACAGACACAAAUGACGAUAAGACUUCUGAUAGCAAACAGGAAUCAAAUACAGAUUCAUUAUCAAAAAAGAGUGAAAUUAGUUUAGCAAGUAGUAAUAAUGAAGAAUUAACUAAUGAGCCCCUUGAGAAUGAAGAAGUGCAUCUUAGACCUAAGCCUGUACAUAUUGGUGAAAGAAGCUCUGUGAAUCAAUGCAUAAAUGAGCUUUCUUCUAAUCUAGCUGUUGAAGCUCGAAGAAGGUGUAAUAGUGAAGUAGUACAGAGAACUGAACCUGAUAAGAAUAGUGAUGUAGCAGGAGAACAAAAAAUUCAAACUCAAGCUAAAAACAGUCAAACAUCCCAAGGUGGAGAUUUUGUAACAGUAAUUGAGGUAAAUGGAUUAAAAGUUGCAGAAAAUGCACCUAAAAAGGCUGACGAGUCCCCUCAGUCACCUGAGAGUACUACUGCAGAUUCAGGAAUCGCUACAAAAAAGAAAGUACCGCCUAAACCUCCACCGAAAGUAUUCAGCAAACGUGGUGCGUCGUUACCAGAGACGGGUUUAGAAGACAGUCCCCCUUCAUCACUUGGGCGAAGACUACGCAAUGCUGAUUCCCGAGAGUCCAUCGCCAGCCGAGCAUCUACUCCCUCAAUCAGCGAAAGAGUGAAAAGCUAUGAAUCAAUAAACUCUUUAUCUUCUGAACGCAAGAGAUCAGGAGGUGCUGCAACUCCUCGUUCAAUUGAUGAAGAAAUAACAUCUACAACACCUGAUUUACCUGAAGGUAACGAUGUCGACAAAUCAGCGCCUGUUUCGCUUGAGAGUAUCCCAGCUGCUGUACCCACAGUUGAAGACGAGCCAUAUUAUGAUCAAGUACCUGUAGAUAUCAAUGAUGGAGAAUACGUUUAUAUACAAGCGGGAGGCACUGGAGCAAGCGAGGACGCAUCUAGUGGUACCAGCACGCUACCACUCAGUACAGGGGCAGCACCCACCGCUCCCACCGCCCCCCACGCGCCUGACUCGCCUCCCUGUGCCAUUGCACCCAAUUAUGUCAACAUACAUUACUUCAUUCAGCAAAGCGGUGAGGGAACUGAUCCUAGUGAAGCAGGCUCGGAGUUAGCGGACUCAAGUGAUACACCGCUGUUGCUGCGGACUAUUUCCUCUGAAACAGAAACCAGCGCAACGCCGCCUUUACUAAGAAAACUGCAACACCAGGAAUCGAACACGAGUAACAAUGCUGAAGCCGAGCGUCUCACUAUGCAUCGAUGCAUAGUCACAAGUAUCAUAGAAAGUGAGACAGUGUACGUCGAAUGUCUUUACGUCAUGGAGAAGUAUAUGAACGCAAUCAAAGCUACACUCUCGACAUCACAACCCGUUAUAACAGAGGAAGAAUUUAACACGAUAUUUUAUAAAAUAUCAGAACUGCAUGAACUGCAUAAGAAUUUUCUGGAAGGACUGAAAGCGGCUGUGGCUAGUUGGGAGGAGCCCUUAUCAGUAGGCAUUCAUUUUAAGAAAAUGGCGGAGAACAUAAACGUGUACGGCGCGUUCCUGCACAACUACGGGCGCGCCACGGACGCGGUGCGGCGGCGCUGCGGCAGCUCGGCGCGGUUCGCCGACCUCACGCGCCAGAUCGCGUGCCGCGGACAGCCCAUGUCGCUCGACGACCUGCUGCACAAGCCCGUCGCCAGAGUGCAGAAGAACGCGCUCGUCCUGCACGAUCUCAUAAAAUACACACCAGCUAGUCACCCAGAUCACGCAAUGUUAACGGAUGCUUUAAACAUGACGCAACAUUUCCUUGACGAAUUCAAUAUCAUACAAACGAAAUCUAUGUUCCCUAAUGCUGAUCGCGCACAAAGAAGGCUCGUGAAAAAUUCAUUUAUUGUAGAACUUUCGGACGGGCACAGGAAACUAAGGCAUUUGUUCCUAUUCAAUGAUGUUAUCGCUUGUGCCAAAUACAAGGCAUCAGGGCGCGACAAGUUCACGUUCGAGCUGAAGUGGUUUAUCCCCCUGCCGGAGAUAGUUGUAGUAGAGGAUGAAAGCGUCGGUGGCGGAGAGGCGCGGGAGACGUCGCCCGCCAACAUCGUGGCGCUCAAGUCGCAAGCGUCCACUGUGCGUGACCAGAUCCUGGCCGAGGAGCGCGCCGCACACGACGACAAGAUCCUGGCUGAGGAGCGCGCCGCACACGACGACAAGGUACGUCCCUCACCACAUCGUGGCGCUCAAGUCGCAAGCGUCCAGCGUGCACGACCAGAUCCUGGUCGAGGAGCGCGCCGCACACGACGACAAGGUACGUCCCACACCACAUCGUGGCGCUCAAGUCGCAAGCGUCCACCGUCCUUAGCCAGAUCCUGGCCGAGGAGCGCGCCGCACACGACGACAAGGUACGUCCCACACCACAUCGUGGCGCUCAAGUCGCAAGCGUCCACCGUGCGUAGCCAGAUCCUGGCCGUGGAGCGCGCCGCACACGGCGACAAGAUCCUGGCCGAGGAGCGCGCCGCACACGACAAUAAGGUACGUCCCACACCAAGUCGCAAGCGUCCACCGUGCGCGACCAGAUCCUGGCCGAGGAGCGCGCCGCACACGACGACAAGGUGCGUCCCACACCACAUCGUGGCGCUCAAGUCGCAAGCGUCCACCGUGUGCGACCAGAUCCUGGCCGAGGAGCGCGCCGCACACGACGACAAGCCAGAUCCUGGCCGAGGAGCGCGCCGCACACGACGACAAGGUACGUCCCACACCACAUCGUGGCACUCAAGUCGCAAGCGUCCACCGUGCGUAGCUAGAUCCUGGCCGAGGAGCGCGCCGCACACGACGACAAGGUACGUCCCACACCACAUCGUGGCGCUCAAGUCGCAAGCGUCCACCGUGCGCGACCAGAUCCUGGCCGAGGAGCGCGCCGCACACGACGACAAGGUGCGUCCCCACACCACAUCGUGGCGCUCAAGUCGCAAGCGUCCACCGUGCGCGACCAGAUCCUGGCCGAGGAGCGCGCCGCACACGACGACAAGGUACGUCCCACACCACAUCGUGGCGCUCAAGUCGCAAGCGUCCACCGUGCGCGACCAGAUCCUGGCCGAGGAGCGCGCCGCACACGACGACAAGGUACGUCCCUCACCACAUCGUGGCGCUCAAGUCGCAAGCGUCCAGCGUGCACGACCAGAUCCUGGUCGAGGAGCGCGCCGCACACGACGACAAGGUACGUCCCACACCACAUCGUGGCGCUCAAGUCGCAAGCGUCCACCGUCCUUAGCCAGAUACUGGCCGAGGAGCGCGCCGCACACGACGACAAGGUACGUCCCACACCACAUCGUGGCGCUCAAGUCGCAAGCGUCCACCGUGCGUAGCCAGAUCCUGGCCGUGGAGCGCGCCGCACACGGCGACAAGAUCCUGGCCGAGGAGCGCGCCGCACACGACAACAAGGUACGUCCCACACCAAGUCGCAAGCGUCCACCGUGCGCGACCAGAUCCUGGCCGAGGAGCGCGCCGCACACGACGACAAGGUGCGUCCCACACCACAUCGUGGCGCUCAAGUCGCAAGCGUCCACCGUGUGCGACCAGAUCCUGGCCGAGGAGCGCGCCGCACACGACGACAAGGUACGUCCCACACCACAUGUGGCGCUCAAGUCGCAAGCGUCCACCGUGCGUAGCCAGAUCCUGGCCGAGGAGCGCGCCGCACACGACGACAAGCUAGAUCCUGGCCGAGGAGCGCGCCGCACACGACGACAAGGUACGUCCCACACCACAUCGUGGCGCUCAAGUCGCAAGCGUCCACCGUGCGCGACCAGAUCCUGGCCGAGGAGCGCGCCGCACACGACGACAAGGUGCGUCCCACACCACAUCGUGGCGCUCAAGUCGCAAGCGUCCACCGUGCGCGACCAGAUCCUGGCCGAGGAGCGCGCCGCACACGACGACAAGGUGCGUCCCACACCACAUCGUGGCGCUCAAGUCGCAAGCGUCCACCGUGCGCGACCAGAUCCUGGCCGAGGAGCGCGCCGCACACGACGACAAGGUACGUCCCACACCACAUCGUGGCGCCCAAGUGGCAAGCGUCCACCGUGCGUAGCCAGAUCCUGCCGAGGAGCGCGCCGCACACGACGACAAGGUACGUCCCACACCACAUCGUGGCGCUCAAGUCGCAAGCGUCCACCGUGCGUGACCAGAUCCUGGCCGAGGAGCGCGCCGCACACGACGACAAAGUACGUCCCACACCACAUCGUGGCGCUCAAGUCGCAAGCGUCCACCGUGCGUAGCCAGAUCCUGGCCGAGGAGCGCGCCGCACACGACGACAAGAUCCUGGCUGAGGAGCACACCGCACACGACGACAAGGUACGUCCCACACCACAUCGUGGCGCUCAAGUCGCAAGCGUCCACUGUGCGCGACCAGAUCCUGGCCGAGGAGCGCGCCGCACACUACGACAAGGUACUUCCCUCACCACAUCGUGGCGCUCAAGUCGCAAGCGUCCACUGUGCGCGACCAGAUCCUGGCCGAGGAGCGCGCCGCACAUUACGACAAGGUACGUCCCUCACCACAUCGUGGCGCUCAAGUCGCAAGCGUCCACCGUGCGCGACCAGAUCCUGGCCGAGGAGCGCGCCGCACACUACGACAAGGUACGUCCCUCACCACAUCGUGAAGCUCAAGUCGCAAGCGUCCACUGUGCGCGACCAGAUCCUGGCCGAGGAGCGCGCCGCACACUACGACAAGGUACGUCCCUCACCACAUCGUGGCGCUCAAGUCGCAAGCGUCCACUGUGCGCGACCAGAUCCUGGCCGAGGAGCGCGCCGCACAUUACGACAAGGUACGUCCCUCACCACAUCGUGGCGCUCAAGUCGCAAGCGUCCACCCUGCGCGACCAGAUCCUGGCCGAGGAGCGCGCCGCACACUACGACAAGGUACGUUCCUCACCAUAUCGUGGCGCUCAAGUCGCAAGCGUCCACUGUGCGCGACCAGAUCCUGGCCGAGGAGCGCGCCGCACACUACGACAAGGUACGUCCCUCGCCACAUCGUGGCGCUCAAGUCGCAAGCGUCCACUGUGCGCGACUAGAUCCUGGCCGAGGAGCGCGCCGCACACUACGACAAGGUACGUCCCUCGCCACAUCGUGGCGCUCAAGUCGCAAGCGUCCACCGUGCGCGACCAGAUCCUAGCUGAGGAGCGCGCCGCACACGACGACAAGGUGCGUCCCACACCACAUCGUGGCGCUCAAGUCGCAAGCGUCCACCGUGCGCGACCAGAUCCUGGCCGAGGAGCGCGCCGCACACGACGACAAGGUACGUCCCACACCACAUCGUGGCGCUCAAGUCGCAAGCGUCCACCGUGCGUAGCCAGAUCCUGGCCGAGGAGCGCGCCGGACACGACGACAAGGUACGUCCCACACCACAUCGUGACGCUCAAGUCGCAAGCGUCCACUGUGCGUGACCAGAUCCUGGCUGAGAAGCGCGCCGCACACGACGACAAGGUACGUCCCACACCACAUCGUGGCGCUCAAGUCGCAAGCGUCCAGUGUGCGCGACCAGAUCCUGGCCGAGGAGCGCGCCGCACACGACGACAAGGUACUUCCCACACCACAUCGUGGCGCUCAAGUCGCAAGCGUCCCCUGUGCGCGACCAGAUCCUGGCCGAGGAGCGCGCCGCACACGACGACAAGGUACGUCCCAAACCACAUCGUGCAACUCAAGUCGCCGGCGUGA